AUGUUGGGAGCAUUUGUUUUGCUCUGUGUUUAUGGAUUAGUUUCUAUAGCAUCUGGUUGUGAAGAUAUAGCAGUCACCAAACCACAGUCACAACAACUAAAAAAAUUGAGAUUACAUCCUGAACUUGCCGAAGACGCUAAUUUAAAAGUGCCAAGCCUGGUCCGGAAGUAUGAGUACCCACUGGAAGAACACCAGGUCAUAACUAGCGACCAGUACGUUCUGACCAUGCACCGAAUUCCCUAUGGACGAUAUAACAAGAAGAAAAGAAACAGGCCUGCCGUCUUCAUUAUGCACGGGUUGUUAUCAUCGUCUGCAGAUUUUAUUACAACCGGGCCUGAGAAAGCUUUUGCUUACAUCCUUGCCGAGGAAGGGUUUGACGUGUGGAUGGGCAACGCCCGCGGCAACCGCUACUCCCGCCAGCACACCUACAUUGACCCUAGGAAAUCUGCCUUCUGGAAGUUCUCCUGGGACGAGAUUGGGAACCUAGACUUGCCAGCCAUGAUCGAUUAUGUGCUGAAGAAGACGAAAAAGAGGAAGAUUCAUUACAUCGGGCAUUCACAGGGCACCACAGCGUUCUGGGUCAUGUGCUCGCUGAGACCCGAAUAUAACCACAAGAUCAUCUCCAUGCACGCCCUGGCCCCUGUGGCUUACUUGACACACAAUAAGUGUCCUCUACUGCAUGCAAUAGCAUCGUUUUCUAAUGCCAUCGCUAAAUUUCUAACUUUGGUCGGAAAAGCCGAAUUUAUGGCUAACAAGCUCCUUUUGAAAUGGGCCGGAGCGGCGAUAUGCAGAGACGGGGCUAUCUUUCAAGAGCUCUGCAGCAACAUAUACUUCCUCGUUGGUGGCUGGAACUCCGUGGAAUUGAACAGGACGAUAAUCCCAGUAAUCCUAGGCCACACCCCAGCCGGCGCGUCUGUCUACCAAUUCGCCCACUACGGCCAAGUCAUGGCCAGCAAGCAGUUCCGUCGCUUCAACCACGGUGGGAGUGCAAACAUGAAAAUCUACAAAAGCCGAACACCGCCAGGAUACCACCCCCACAAAGUUACAGCCCCAGUUUUCUUCCAUUAUUCCCUAUCUGAUCCUUGGGCUCAUGUUAAAGAUGUAGAAAGAUUGGGACUGGAGAUCGGCAAUCUUAAAGCAAAGCGGGUCAUACCUAUGGCAACUUUCAGCCACUUUGAUUUUCUUUUUGGAAUUAACGCGAAGGCACUUGUUUAUGAUCAGGUCAUUUCUGAUAUGUGGAGUAUGGAAAGGAAAUAAAUGGUUUUGAAUACAA